UUUCAUAGUGGUUUCAAUUCAACCAUUUCCCAGGUUAUAGAGUCCCGGUUAACUAUUUUUUUUAUUGGAAGUGAGCAGUCGAGAUGGACAGAAAGUUUGCACUUUUCAUUAGUUUUCUAUGCAUUUCGAACCGUUUCCAAAGCACGCUGGAACAAGCCCCACCUAGAUCGAAAUACAUCAGCAUCCUUCAAGAUAGCAGAGACGAGCCGACACCUGAUGGAACAUUCGGUUACUUGUACAAAACCGAAGACGGAAUAGUCAGCUCGGCCAGAGGCGGACCAAACGGAGCCAUCCAAGGCGGAUUCUCCUACACCGAUCCCACCGGUUUGAAAGUGAACAUCAACUACAACGCCGGAUCGAGAGCUUCGCCCACCGCGGUGGAGCCUUCUUCCAGACAACGAACUCCAGAAGCUCCGAGGUACUACGGAAACGAGGCGAAUCCUCCAGCACCAGCUAGAGCCCCUGUUUACAGACCCCGACCUCAACCGCAAUAUUACGACGAUCCCGCGCAAGAUAUUCAAUACGAGGCAGUAGAAACUAAUCCUCGUUACAUAUCGAGACCUCGCCCUAAACAGACGCCAAGAUCGCGGUAUAUUUACAGGCCGCAAUAUUAUCAACCACAACCGAGAAGAAGUCAAUACAUUGACAACGAUAUUUACGAGGAGUAUCCCUAUUAGAAUCCAUUUUUGUGAAAGAUACAAUCUAAAUAAACCAUCCACUUAUCAC